AUGGUUUCGGAUUCAACAUACACAUACACGGCCAUUGCUGCCCCACGAAACAUCCGCCUUAUCCACCUCCACCCUGGAAAUGAGUCUGACCCGGUCUCUCUCUCUCUUGCGACUGUUGCCCUCGACUCUGUGCCCGAUUAUGAGGCCAUCUCGUAUUGUUGGGGUAAUGCCGCGGACCAGCGCCAGGUAACCUGCAACGGUGCAACUCUCUCCAUCACCAACAGCCUCUUCACCGGACUUGUCGCGUUUCGUCAACCAGAUCGACCCCGCAUUCUCUGGGCAGAUGCCAUCUGCAUCAAUCAGAAUGAUCUAGUCGAGAAGCGCGACCAAGUACUCCUAAUGCCGGAGAUCUACUCACAGGCGAAGUGCGUGCUCGUAUGGCUAGGUAUCUCCGAUGAUCCUGUUCACGGGCGUGUACCGCCAAGCGUUGCAGGCUCAAUCCAAGAGGCCCUACAGAUGAUUCCCGAGUUCAACCCAGAAGAUGCCUCGGGAAUGGUAGCGACCAUACAGGCGCUACACCAAGAUUCGCAACGGUUACGUGAACAAGGCAAGCCGAAUCUGUUGGAUCAUGACUGGCUGCCUCUGGCCUCACUUUUGUCGCGCCCAUGGUUCCGCCGGAAGUGGAUGAUACAGGAGAUCUCUCUUGCCAAGGAAGUUCUGGUUCAUGUUGGCAAGGAGAUCCAGUUCCCAUGGCUAGACCUAGCACAGCUGAUGUUCAGUAUCGGGGUGUUGAAUAUGGACAGGGCGGCAGACCUGCAAAUAGAAAAAGUGCUGAAUCCAACUCACCAGGGAGAGCAAGAUGGCACCUUGAGGGAGCCCAUAAGUGACGGCAGAGAGGCCAAGACCAUAUUAAAGGGCACCUCGUUUACAUUCUCCGCGGCGCUUCAAUGCGCUGCGGCUAUCUACAUGGUUCAACUUUUUCGACAUGCUGGCACGCUCCUAGACGGGGUUGUGGUUGCGCAGUUGUUUGAAUGUACCGACCCGAGGGAUCAUGUCUACUCGCUUUUGAGCUUGAUUUCCACAGGCCCGACCAUUCAGCCCGAUUACGAAGCGUCUCUCAGCGACGUGUUUCGCCGUUUUGCCAAGGCAAUGCUGGUAGAGGGCCAGAGCUUAAAGGUCCUCGGCCUGGCACCCAACAAACAUGUGUUCUACAAACCGGACGCGAAGGAGGUUGAGGGCCUCCCGUCGUGGGCCCCCGAUCUGCGAGACAUACACUCGAACAUCUUGACCGGAUCUACGGUCCGGCCCCAAGCAUUCUUUGCCGGCGGAAAGAACAAGCCUAUCCUGGACAUAUCUGCGGACGAGCGUAUCCUCAGCUGUUCUGGUCGGAUCAUCGACACUGUCAAAGCCUUCUCCACAAGCAUGGUAGACAUGGUCCUAGAUGACAUGCCCGAGUUGAGGGCGAACCCGGCGAUUUUCCUGCAGACUGACGAUCCCCUGCUGGAGCGGAGGCAACGGCGUUUCGCUCGCUGGCUUGACGGAUGCUACAGUCUAGCGUUUGGUCACCACUAUGCGGCUCGAGACGUAUCUGACCCUCAGGACGAUUUGAUGGCGUCCUUUGCGCGGAGCAUGAUGCAUGAUGUAGACGCGAUGAGGAACCGCGCCGAUCCAGAGUCGAUAGCCAUGUUUCCUAAGUACAUGGAGCAGAUAUUUGACGAUGUGGAAAAGGGUAACUUUGGUUUGGAAGACAAGUCAUCUAAAAUGUCUCCUGCCUUAAGAAACGUGGGGGAAAACGUCAGGAACUUCGCAAUGUCCUUAUUCUGUGUGACAGGAAAUGGACGCUUUGGGCGGAUCCCUCCUACUUCUCGUGCUGGUGAUCUUGUCUGCGUCUUUGUUGGCGCUGAGACACCGUUCAUCAUACGUCCAACCGGCCGUGAAACAUACACUAUGAUUGGAGAAUGCUACAUUGACGGAAUAAUGGAUGGCGAAGCAAUAGAAGGGUCUUCUCUUCCUGAUGGAUCCUUAGAUACCAUUGAGUUAGAGUAG